CGCGAGCGCAGAGGAGCGGAGGGGCGUGGCACGUCGUCUGCGCGGGACCGUUAAAUUUGAAAGUUGGCGGCUGGGCGUGAGGGCUUGAGGUAGCUGGUUUGUGAGGGGGUCUGGUGUGUGGUUUCGUCUGGGGGCACUCCGGUCGCUUAAGUACCUCAAAGGGCAGGUUGCAGAAGGAGGCCCAGGAGGUCUGUGCCUCAGAGGAAAGGCCCACGGCAGUUCGAGGUCCUGAGCCGGGAAUGCAGGAUGGCGGCGAUGCAGAAGGGAAGCGGUGUUCCGAGUGAAGUCACAUCCUUGGAGGGAGAUGAAUGGGAGCUGAGUAAAGAAAAUGUCCAACCUUUAAGGCAGGGGCGGAUCAUGUCUACACUUCAGGGAGCACUGGCACAGCAAGAAUCUACCUGUAACACCACUCUUCAGCAGCAGAAACGGGCAUUUGAAUCAGAAAUUCGAUUUUAUGCUGGAAAUGACCCUCUGGAUGUUUGGGAUAGGUAUAUUAAUUGGACAGAGCAGAACUAUCCCCAGGGCGGGAAGGAGAGUAAUAUGUCAACUUUAUUGGAAAGAGCUAUAGAAGCAUUACAGGGGGAAAAACGGUAUUACAAUGAUCCUCGAUUUCUUAGUCUCUGGCUUAAGCUGGGACAUUUAUGCAACGAACCUUUGGAUAUGUACAGUUAUUUACAUAACCAAGGAAUUGGCAUUUCACUUGCUCAGUUCUAUAUCUCAUGGGCUGAAGAAUAUGAAGCUCGAGAAAACUUUAAGAAAGCAGAUAUGAUAUUUCAGGAAGGAAUUCAACAGAAAGCUGAACCAAUGGAAAGACUGCAGUCCCAGCACCGACAUUUCCAAGCUCGUGUGUCUCGGCAAACACUAUUGGCACUUGAAAAAGAGGAGGACGAAGCUUUUGGAUCUUCUGUACCUCAACGAAGCACAUUGGCCGAACUAAAAAGCAAAGGGAAAAAGACAGCAAGAGUUCCAAUCAGCCGUGUAGGAGGUGCUCUCAAGGCUCCAAACCAGAACAGAGGACUCCAAAAUCCAGUUCCUCAACAGAUGCAAAGUAAUUCUAGAAUUACUAUUUUUGAUGAAAAUGCUGAGGAGGCUUCUAGAGCAGAGGCAUCUAAGCCUACAGUCCAGCCAUGGAUCGCACCUCCUAUACCCAGAGCCAAAGAGAAUGAGCUGCAAGCUGGCCCUUGGAACACAGGCAGGCCUUUGGAGUAUAGGCCUCGGGGCAAUACAGCUUCUAUGACAGCUGUACCCUCUAUGCUUCCCAGUUUUACUCCAUAUGUGGAAGAGACUGCACAACAACCAGUUAUGACACCAUGUAAAAUUGAACCCAGUAUAAACCACAUUCUAAGCACAAGAAAGCCUGGAAAGGAAGAAGCAGAUCUCCUGCAAAGAGUUCAAAACCAUCAGCAAGAGUCCGAAGAGAAGAAGGAGAAGAUAAUGUAUUGUAAGGAGAAGAUUUAUGCAGGAGUGGGAGAGUUCUCUUUUGAAGAGAUCCGGGCUGAAGUGUUCAGGAAGAAAUUAAAAGAGCAAAGGGAAGCUGAGCUACUGACCAGUGCAAAGAAGAGAGCAGAAAUGCAGAAACAGAUUGAAGAGAUGGAGAAAAAGCUAAAAGAAAUCCAAACUACUCAGCAAGAAAGAGCAAGUGAUCAGCAAGAAGAGAAGAUGUCUACAAAGGAGACAGCUGAAUUGCGAAUUGCUUCAGAGUCUCAGGAAAUACCAGCACUGUCUCUAUCUAAUUCUGCUUACCCAGUAAAUGCUUGUGCCAGGGAAACUUCACUUGCAGAAAACAUUUGGCAAGAACAACCUUGUUCUCAAAGUUCCAGUGUACCUUUCUCCAUUUUUGAUGAAUUUCUUCUUUCAGAAAAAAAGACUAUCAGUCCUUCUGCAGAUCCACCACGAGUUUUAGCCCAACGAAGACCCCUUGCAAUUCUCAAAACUUUAGAAAGCAUCACCUCGAAUGAGGAUGUAUCUCCAGAUGUUUGUGAUGAAUUUACAGGAAUUGAGCCCUUGAGUGAGGAUGCUAUUAUCACAGGUUUCAGGAAUGUAACUAUUUGUCCUAACCCAGAAGACACUUGUGACUUCGCUAGAGCAGCUCAUUUCGCAUCCACUCCUUUUCAUGAGAUGAUAUGCUUGAAGGAUCUCCCUUCUGAUUCUAAGAGACAGUUGCAGGAAGAAGAUCUAGAUGUAAAGACCUCUGAGGACCAACAAACUGCUUGUGGCACUAUCUACAAUCCAACUCUCAGCAUCAAAAAGCUGAGCCCAAUUAUUGAAGACAGCCGUGAAGCAACACACUCCUCUGGGUUCUCUGGGUCUUCUGCCUCAGUUACAAGCACCUCCUCCAUCAAAUGUCUUCAAAUUCCUGAGAAACUGGAGCUCACUAAUGAGACUGCAGAUGGCCCUCCUCAGUCACCCUGGUGUUCACAGUAUCGCAGACAACUGCUAAAAUCCCUGCCAGAGCUGACUGCCUCUGCAGAAUUUUUUAUAGAAGAUCGACCAAUGCCUAAUUUGGAAAUAGAGAAGGAAAUUGAAUUGGAUAAUGAGGAUUACUGCAUUAUACAAGAAUACCUGACAUGUGAAGAUUACAAAUUAUUCUGGGUGACGCCAAGAAACUCUGCAGAGUUAACCAUAAUAAAGGUAUCGUCUCAACCUGUCCUAUGGGACUUUUAUAUCAACCUCAAGUUAAAGGAGCGUUUAAAUGAGGAGUGUGAUAAUUUGUGCAGCUGUUACCAAUACCAAGAUGGCUGUAUCAUUUGGCACCAAUAUAUAAACUGCUUCACCAUUCAGGAUCUUCUUCAACACAGUGAAUUUAUUACUCAUGAAAUGACAGUGUUGAUUAUUUAUAACCUUUUGACAAUAGUGGAGAAACUACACAAAGCAGAAAUAGUCCAUGGUGACUUGAGUCCAAGGAGUCUGAUUCUUAGAAACAGAAUCCAUGAUCCCUAUGAUUGCGAUAAAAACAAUCAAGCUUUGAAGAUAGUGGACUUCUCCUACAGCGUCGACCUUAGGGCACAGCUAGACGUUUUUAACCUCAGCGGCUUUCGGACUGUACAGAUCCUGGAAGGACAAAAGAUCCUGGCUAACUGUUCUUCUCCCUACCAGGUAGAUCUGUUUGGUAUAGCAGAUUUAGCACAUUUACUAUUGUUCAAGGAACACCUACAGGUCUUCUGGGAUGGGUCCCUCUGGAAACUUAGCCAAAAUAUUUCUGAGCUAAAAGAUGGUGAAUUGUGGAAUAAAUUCUUUGUGCGGAUUCUGAAUGCCAGUGAUGAGUCCACAGUGUCUGUUCUGAGGGAACUUGCAGCAGAAAUGAAUGGGGUGUUUGACACCACAUUCCAAAGUCACCUGAACAAAGCUUUAUGGAAGGUAGGGACGUUAAUCAGUCCUGGGGCUUUGCUUUUCCAGCAAGAUAGGCAGUCAAGUCUCUCACAGAUUCCUGCCUAAAACCAAUGGUUGUACUGUGUAACAGUGGACCCGUACAUGCUAUGAUUUAAUUUAGGUACACUACUAACACUUUUUUACUUUUUGGCAGAAGUAUAUUUCUAGGUUACUGGCAUUUUCUACUUAACACUGUACCUACUCUUGGCUUUGUUUAACAAAGAACUGUUUUAUACUAAAUGGACUCCGUAUUAAUGGGUACCUUAUUGCCAUUUAACAUAUUUGUCUCUAUUUUUCCCUGUACUUUUCCCAUUUGUAAUUUGUGACAUGUACCCUUAUGAUCACUGUAUUUUGUAAAUAAUAAAAUUGUAUUUGUUAAA